GUCUCUUUUUAAAAUGUCAAUCAGCAUAAAGUCUCCAUCAAUUAUUCUGCACGUCUCUCAGGAAAUAUUAAUUUAGUCUUUUUAUACACCCCCUCUCACUCAUCUCUGUCCUGUCAGCCCCUCUCCUUUUUAUUUGACUACCAGCUGUUGCUGAACACCUGAACCCAUCGUCUCACCCUCCCCUGGCCCAUCCCUCUCUCCCUCCCCCUUUCUCUCCUAUUGAUGAUCCCUCUUUUUUUGUCUACCCUGUCAUUUGGAAGAGAGAGACGGAUAAACAUGUCCUUGAGUGCUCCCGUCAGUCAACUGGUUUGAGCACCGAUUUGUCAUUGUCUGCUGGGUAAUUAUCAGCAGGCUUCAAUACGGCAAUUACUGCUGGAACAAUUACCACCUCAACAAAUGCACAUCCAAGGAGACCACAGGCCUGUUGCUCUGACUUCACACGUCAUGAAGAUCUUUGAGAGACUGAUUCUGCAGCACCUCAAACCCCUCGUGUGUGACUCCAUGGACCCUCUACAGUUUGCCUACCAGGAAAACAUAGCGCCUUCAACACGAUCCAGCCACAUCUGCUCGCUGAGAAGCUGUCAGUGAUGCAGGUGGAUCACAGCAUGGUGGCCUGUAACACAGACUACCUCACCAGCAGACCUCAGUAUGUCAGACUGCAGGGCAGCGUGUCUGAUGUGCUGCUGAGCAACACCGGAGCCCCUCAAGGAACUGUGCUGUCACCAUUCCUGUUCACCCUCUACACCUCCGACUUCCGCUUCAACUCCGGCUCAUGCCACCUACAGAAGUUCUCUGACGACUCUUCCAUUGUCAGCUGCAUCACAGAUGACAAUGAGGAGGAGUACAGGGCCCUGGUUGAGAACUUCGUAGGCUGGUGUGACAACAAUCACCUCCAGCUCAACAUCAGCAAGACUAAGGAGCUGGUGGUGGACUUCAGGCGGAGCAGGAAGAGGCCUCUGACCCCCACCACCAUCAGGGGGAAGGAUGUGGAGGUGGUGCACAGCUACAAGUUCCUGGGAGUGCACUUAAACAAUAAACUGGACUGGUCAGACAACACUGAUGCUCUCUUCAGGAAGGGACAGAGCAAGCUGUUCUUCCUGAGGAGGCUCAGGUCAUUCAAUGUGUGCACGAGGCUGCUGCAGAUGUUCUACCAGUCUGUGGUGGCCAGUGUGCUAUUCUUUGCCGUGGUGUGCUGGGGUGGAAACACAAACACUAGGGACACUGGCAGGCUGAACAAGCUCGUGAGGAAGGCUAGCUCUGUAGUGGGAGUACAACUGGACAAUCUGGAGGCGGUGGCAGAGGGGAGGACGAGGAGGAAGCUUGACAGCAUCCUAGAGAACCCCUCUCACCCACUCCAUGCAGAGCUAGUGAAGAUGAGGAAUACGUUCAGCCACAGACUCAUCCCUCCACGACACAGCACCAAGCGCCUCGGACAGUCCUUUGUGCCUGUAGCCAUCAGGCUGCACAACAAGGGGUCAAUAAUGAAAAAGAAAUAAAAUAAAAUCACUGGACAUACAUAUACACUGUUUCCACAACCCAUGUUAAUAUAUUAGUAGUAGAUCAAAUAUGUUAUAGAUAUGUCACUAUAUGUACAGAUGUCCAUUUUCACUUUUCACUUGUAACUCAUUUCGUACUUCAUAACUUAGAUGACCAAAUAUGUAUAUAUGCUGACAGUUAUGUUGCUCUUAUUUUUAC